AUGUCGAUGAAGUUUUUAACGGGUUUACAGGUUGGUGGUCUUUUUUGUACUUUUUUGUCAUUGAAUAAAUUAUCAAAAGAGGACAUAUUAUUUGAUUUGCAUAGAAAUAUCAUUGAUCAUUAUUCAGGAUCUGCUCGGUUUAUACGAGCCAGGUUCAGCGACUUCUUCUCCGGCAUCACCGAUUCCACCGACUACGACUGGAAUGUAUGCGGCACAGUCUCCACCGCAAACACAACAAUCGCAUUCGUCGGCAAAUUCUGUACGGAAGAAAGUAUCUGAUGCAAAUAAAGAUACCACUGGUCAGUUUUGAAAAAUCCUUUCACGUUUCAAAAAUUCAAUUUCCAAAAAAUUGAUCUACAUUUUCUGAAGGAUUACUGUAUAGUUCUAAUCUCAACAUAUUUUCAGAAGAACGUAUCAGACAUUGUUCACACGAUCGAAGUGUUCGAUUUGCUGAAGAUACCGAAGUUGUGACUGGAUUUCAUGAAGCUCCAAUUUCAAUUUUCCAUUCUGGAAAUAUUGGUGAUUCGAUUGAUCCAGCAGAAAUCGUUCAAGCUUAUCGAGAUGCUUGUCAACGAAGACAAUGUCCACCUAGUCCUACUGUCGAAAAACAAAUUGGAUUCUUCCAUCGAAAAACAUCUGAACGUCAAGAAAUGUUAUGUCUUAAAGGCCAACGGGUAACUCACGAACAGAUGGAAGCUUUGGAAGAAAUUCUCAAACGGGUACAAUUUCAUACUAUCGAUUUUGAAUAUACGUUUUUGAACGACGAAGUUAGUUUUUUUUUUAUUUGGAAAAAUUUCAAAUUAUUUUACUUUUGAAUUUCAGUGUGCGAUUUCGUUGGGAGAAAUGAUCGAAUUUUAUGAUUCGUGUGUUCGAUUGAAUUUAUCAUUUAAUAAACAAAUCGAACAACGUGGAUGGACUGCAAUAUUCAGGGCUGUAAAGCAUGUUAGUUUACCUAAUUUAAUUUUGUAUCAAAUUUCAAUAUUUUUCCAGUCAACAUCUCUUCAAAUGUUGAAUCUUCGUUAUACAACACUUACCGAUAAAAUAGUUCCACUUCUUUGCCGUUCACUUCGUGCAACUCCACCAAUUUCGCUUUCCUGUCUUCACUUGGAAAACACACAAAUGUCAGGCAAAAACUUGCUGAUUCUCAUUUGUGCCCUUAAAAACAAUACGAGUAUAAAAGAGCUUUAUCUCGGUGACAACGGGCUUCAAGGAACUGAUGGAUCACAUUUACAUCAAUUGAUUAUGUCAAAUACUUCAAUUCAAUUGCUUGAUUUACGUAACAAUAAUCUGUCAGAUGCCGGUGUUCGACAUAUAAGUGAUGCAUUGAGAAAUCGAGAAGCUCUUGAAAAUAGUGCAUUAUCAGCAUUGGUUCUUUGGAAUAAUCAUGUUACUGGAGCAUCAAUGGAUUGUUUAUCAGAAGCAUUGAAAGAAAAUACAAAAAUUGAAACAUUGAAUAUUGGAAAUAAUAAAUUGGGAGUUGAUGGAAUAUUCAGAUUGAAACCUGCAAUUGUUUCAAAUUCUCAUCUUCAUCGACUUGGUCUCCAAAAUACAAUGCUCGAUUGUCAAGGAGCUAUUAUUCUCGCUGAAUGUAUAGCUGACAAUGUCGCAUUGUUACGGGUUGAUAUUCGUGAUAAUCCGAUUGGUAAGAUUUUUUGUUAACUCUAAAUAUUAACCAACAAAAUUUUUGUAGCACUUGCUGGACUUCUCGCACUUCAUUCUGCUAUGAAAUUAAACAAAUCAAUCACAUUAUUGAAUAUAGAUGCAAAUUGUGUUAAGCUUAGCAGUGAAAAGGUUGGUUGAUAUUUAACGUAGUUUUGUGAAGCUUUUCCUCUAAACUUCUUACUUAUUUUAAUCUCGCUUUCUUAAUUAAUAAUCAAAACUAUCGGUAUAUUUUUUGUUUGCAUGGUGUGAUGUAUUUCUGUUGAUUUUUACCGUAUAAUAGGUUCGAGAAUAUCAGGACGAAUUCGAGAAAUACUUCAAAGAGAUGCAAUUAUAUUGCGAGAGAAACAAGGAAGAAGUUAUGGCAAAAAUGACAGUAACAUUGGAAGAGGAAGAAGAGGAAGAAGAACAAGAAGAAGGAGAAAAGGAAAAUAUUGAUAUGACUGAAAAGAAAGAUGAAGAAAUUAUUGUGAAAGAAGAUUCUGAAAAUAAAGAGAAGCCACAAGAAAUUAGUGAAAAUAUUGAUUGUGUUAAAGAAGAAGAUAACAAUAAUGAAAAACAAAUUCUGAGAGCAAAACGAGAAAAACGAUUUGUAAGAAGUUCUUCAUUGACUUGCACUGAAACUGUUCAUGAUAUUCAUGUGAGUUGGAAUCUUUUUUCUGGUGGAUCAAAAGAAUAAUUUAGGAUCGUAUUCGAGAAAUGUCUGGAUCAUCUUUAUCACUUGAUGCAACUUCUCUUUCUUCUGAACCAAUUGAUUCGCAAACAAAUCCAGAAUCGAUGAAAACAAUCAAAAAAUCAUCGGGCUCUUCAUCACUUCGUAAGUUUUUGUUGAAAUAUUUUCCGAAACUUUUAAAUCAUUUUACAGCUGUUUGGGGAUCAUUGCCAGCAAUUCCACAAGCAAGUCCAACAUCAACCCCUGUGACUGUCAAAAAAUUCCGAAGAUUCUCGGUGUCACCAUCUUCAUCGGUUUUUGAUGUGAACACAACAAGUCCAUCAGCAAAUUUGAAGAGUAAAAGUGAAUCGAUUCCUGAAGUUUGUCCAACUGUUUCUCGACCAACAUCUUUAUCGAUUGGUAUUCCAAAAGCUGCUGAUUUGGAUUUAGAAGGACCUGCAUCAGCACCAGUUUCGAUUUGUCAAAAUAAUAUUGAUAUUUGGUCGCCCACUAAAGGUUUGUUUUGAUUUUUUUUUUCCAACUUUCGAACCAAAAUUAUUAUUUUUUUCAGUGCAACCAUCGAUUCCAAUUGUUAAUUCAGUGAAGGAUCGAAAACCAACACCAAGAAUCGAGAAAAAUAUCGAAACAGAUCUCGAAAUUGAAGAAUCUUGCCGAUUUGUUAUUAAUGAUUUAUUGAAUUAUGUUGAAUAUGAGGAAAAUUCAAAAGUUGAACGAAAAGCAUCAUUGCUUUUGAGAAAUGAUGCAUUUGUUCGACCAGAUCCAAAUGUUUUAUUAGGUGAACUUGAAAGAACUCCAUUGACACCAUCGAGGUAAAUAACUUUUAAAAACUUAUAUUCUGGAUUUCAAUUUAAAAAAACAUUUUCAGAGUUCUUGUAAUUUCGGAAGAGCUGGAAAGCGAAGAAGAUGAUGAUCAAAUAGUUCAACAAGUUGUUCGUGGUUUAGUUCGUGAUGUUCUCCACGCCGAAAAAAUCGAACUUCGUCAAACUCUCGAACGUCGCCGUCUUCUUCAACAAUCCCGCAAUUCUCCAGUUUAG